GGGCCGCCGAGGCGGCUUUGGCCCGGAUGUCCGGGCGCUGUGGCGGGGUUGGCUGAUCCCGGAGCUUCUCCCGGGAAACCUACAAGCUGCUGAUGGCUGUCGAUAUUCAACCAGCAUGCCUUGGACUUUAUUGUGGGAAGACCCUGUUAUUUAAAAAUGGCUCAACAGAAAUAUAUGGAGAAUGUGGGGUAUGUCCAAGAGGACAGAGAACAAAUGCACAGAAAUAUUGUCAGCCUUGCACAGAGUCUCCAGAACUGUAUGACUGGCUCUAUCUUGGAUUUAUGGCUAUGCUUCCUCUUGUUUUACAUUGGUUCUUCAUUGAAUGGUACUCGGGGAAAAAGAGUUCCAGCGCACUUUUCCAGCAUAUCACUGCACUGUGUGAGUGCAGCGCGGCAGCCCUCAUCACCCUUCUUGUGAGUGAUCCAGUCGGAGUGCUUCAUAUCCGUUCAUGUCGAGUACUGAUGCUUUCCGACUGGUACACGAUGCUUUACAACCCAAGUCCAGAUUAUGUUACCACAGUACACUGUACUCAUGAAGCUGUCUACCCACUAUAUACCAUUGUAUUUAUCUAUUACGCAUUCUGUUUGGUAUUAAUGAUGCUGCUCCGACCUCUUCUGGUAAAGAAGAUUGCCUGUGGGUUAGGGAAGUCUGAUCGAUUUAAAAGUAUUUAUGCUGCACUUUACUUCUUCCCAAUUUUAACUGUGCUUCAGGCAGUUGGUGGAGGCCUUUUAUAUUAUGCCUUCCCAUACAUUAUAUUAGUAUUAUCUCUGGUUACCCUGGCUGUGUACAUGUCGGCUUCAGAAAUAGAGAACUGCUAUGAUCUUCUGGUCAGAAAGAAAAGACUCAUUGUUCUAUUCAGCCACUGGUUACUUCAUGCCUAUGGAAUAAUCUCCAUUUCCAGAGUGGAUAAACUUGAGCAAGAUUUACCCCUUUUGGCACUGGUGCCGACUCCAGCUCUGUUUUACUUGUUCACUGCAAAAUUUACUGAACCUUCACGGAUACUUUCAGAAGGAGCCAAUGGUCACUGAAUGUAAAAUGCCAAAAAAAACCCUAAGAAGUGUUCUUAAUAAAAACGUAAAGAAAUUAAAAAGUGUAUUUUACUCUUCUGUCAUACAUAGGAAUAUAACUGUCAGUGCAUCUAAUAUUUGGGGGAGUUUUGCUGUGUGGUUUUGUUUUUUGACUUAGACUUUGUGAUAUGAUAGAAAUUAUCAAAUCGUAGAAUACUAUACUGUUUGUUAUAUUACAUAGUAUAAUACAGUACACACAGCACACUCUUAGGUUAGUUACUCUAGGAGCCUAUUAGGAAGCACUUGCCUCUUGUGACAAUUCAGCUAUUCUUUAGAGCAAAAUCAUAUUUCUGUGUAUCUAGCACAGUUGUUCCCAUUUUUAUUUAGAAAAACUGUAAUAAGUAUAAUUUGAAAUCCUUAGCAUUGGCAUAAUUGUGCAUUCCUGUUGUGUUUCAAUUUGUUUUUCAAGCAAAGUGAAUUAUAAAGACAUGUAUUGGUGGGGUCUGAUAGCAAACAUGGACAUAAAGUACGUUGUUUUUUGUUAUCUAUUUAUUUUCACCAGUACAGUAUUUUGAGCUAUUACAAAAAUAGAGUAUAAUUUAUAUUCUGUUCGUAGGUGGUUUGGUUGAAGACAUCUUCAGAUUAUUCCUGUUCCUGUAAAGAAAAACAAUAAUAAAAAGCUAAACUACCAAAAAAAAUC